AUGAGAGCAGCCAACAAAACAAUUACUCUCACCCUCAUCGUCGCCACAACACCCAUCUCUAAAGCACCCGCAACCACCACAAAACCUCUGCUCGGCAUAGGCCUGAAUGGAACUCUACCAUGGCCCCGCAUAAAAUCCGACAUGAACUUUUUCGCGCGCGUUACCUCACGACCUCCCCUGCAACAAACAGCUCCAGAAGCAGAGAAGCUGAAUGCAAUAAUCAUGGGCCGAAAGACAUAUUACUCCCUCCCCAAGAGUCUGCGACCACUCAAAGAUCGACUAAACGUCAUUAUAUCGAGGGAUGAAUCCGGGUCUGUGGCGGCGGAGGUCGAGCGGGAUCUCGCGGGGCAGCGGGAAAAGGCCCAAAACGAUGGCAAGGAGGAUAAAAGAGAUGCCCUCGUCGCUCACAGCCUUGAGGAUGCCCUGAGUCAACUUUUUGAGAAAAGGCAGGAUUUGGGACAUGUCUAUGUUAUUGGUGGUGGGGAGAUAUAUAAAUCUUCCUUGGAGCUGUCAUCGACAUUGACAUCGUCGAAGAUUGUGAAGAGGAUUCUUAUGACGAGAGUCAAGAGACGGGAUGAAGAGGAGUACGAGUGCGAUACAUUCUUUCCGCUUACGGAUGAGGAUUUGUCCGACACAAAUACAAAGGGAUGGCGACGGGCUGGGGCUGAGGAGGUGACUGGUUGGGUUGGGGAGAGCGUUGGGGAGGACUGGAUUGAGGAGGGGGAGGUUGCGAUUAAGAUCGAGGGUUACGAAAAGGUUAAGCUUUAA